UCCUCUCGCUCUCUCUCGGGGCUCCGGUCUCUCCGUAUAUAUACACUAUAGAAAGAAGAACAAUAAGCCCCGCUUUUUCAAACUCAAACGCGACCCGGUACCACCCAGAAUCUUAGAGAUGAAGGGUAGCUGCAAUGGAUGCCGAGUGCUGAGGAAAGCUUGCGGCGACGACUGCCCCAUCCGGCCUUGCCUCCACUGGAUCAAGACCUCCCCCUCCCAAUCCAACGCCACCCUCUUCCUCGCCAAGUUCUACGGCCGCGCCGGCCUCCUCAACCUCCUCCUCUCCGGCCCCGCCCACCUCCGCCCUUCGAUCUUCAAGUCUCUGCUAUACGAAGCGUGCGGGCGGAUCGUUAACCCCAUCUACGGCUCCGUCGGCUUGCUCUGGUCCGGCAGCUGGCACCUCUGCCAAGCCGCCGUCGACGCCGUCCUCGCCGGCGACCCCAUCGCGCGAGUCUCUUCCGAGUCCGCCAUCGGCUGCGCCACCCCGCCCCUCGAAGCCGGCGACAUCCGCCACGUGCCCAAGACAAAGCCCUCGGCGGCGCACCCCGAUCAGCUCCGCAAGGUCAGGUCCCGCCGCCGCCGGUUCAAGCGCUCGGCCCCGAAGACGAGGCACGAGGAAGCGGAGGAAGCUGGCGGAGACGGAGCGGAUAGCGACGAGCCUGCGAGCCGCGACUCGAGAGGGAGUCGGGGGUCGGCUGCUGACAGAGAGUUGGCGGAGGCGGAAGCCGGGGAGCGAGCCGCCGAUGGUGACGACUCCGAGCUGGAGCUGACCUUGAGGUUGGAGCCGAGAAGAGCUAGAAGGGCUUCCGAGGAGCCACAAAGAGAUCAGAUCACGGGCGUGUGCGACGGCGACACGCGCGUGCUGAGCUCUGGUCUGGACGUUCGUCGGAGACUCUGAACCGGAUCCACCUGCUGCCUGCGGGUUGGAUCGUGGGUGCACAGUGCUGUACGGAAGUUCAAAUGAGCUUUUUAUUCAUUUUCUUUUAAAAGGUUUUUUUUUGUGAACUCAGGAGGUUGGAUGUCACUGCACAAAUGGACGAUGGGCUUCUUUAAUAACGUAAAUCCUUCCCGUGAUCCAUUACAUA